UUUUCCAUAACAUGUUUACCUCGCCCACCCCGGCCUCCGAAGUUCCACAGUGGAGUCCGGGUCAGGCCGCCUGAGCGCUGCGGUCCCUUGAAACGUAGGAAAGAGUCAGCGAACUCCGGGCUUUAGGGGAAGCCGAGUGGCGGGGCAGCGCCUCGGAAACCUUCAGGCUCCGCCACUGCAAUGGACAGGUGCACGCCCCAUGCCGAGAGUGAACCCGAGGCUCAGUGGGGCCCAGCACUGCACGCAGGGCUCCCCGGGAACACCUCUGAGCCCCCGCGGACGGGCCCUAGAGUUUCUCCAAAUUCAGUCCCGGCAAGCCCGGUUGCUCACGUUGCCAUCUAGAUCGCACGCAUUGUGGGGGCCCACCCAGGAGCAGCCUCAUCCGCUGGAGUUCCCGGGAGACAACACCCGGCACGGAAGAAAGGCCUUCGGGCCCACGCCAGCUGUGGGGUAUGGGUGUGCGGAAAGGCAAGUCCUGGAGCCUACAGCGGCCCAGCUGCGCCCGGGGGGCCGAGUCUCUGCGCAGCCGUCCCACUCUCCCUGCAUUCUCCCCGAGCUGCGCUGCCGAUUCACUCUGAGGUUUCCGCUCACUGGGUCAUCUGCUGUCCUCCCCGCUCAGGGCUUUUGACAUCAAGGACGCUUCCAAGGAAAUGGCUAACAUACUGAAGAGGGGCGCGAGAGCAGCUGCCGCCCAAACUCGAACCGCCGAAAGUUUACUCCCCUGGAGGACGGGUUGAAGGCCGGGGAGAGGAAACGCGGAGGAGUUUGUGGAGGAGGAGGGGAUCCGCAGCGUAGGCCCCUUCCCCCUUGGCCCACCCAGGAAGCUCUUCCAGUUAAGCAGCGAACAGGUGUCAAACACAGGCUUCCCUGGGUUGACUCUGAGCUUCUCCCACCCUGAUAGCGCGUGCGGACAGCCUAAAAACUUUUAUCUUUUAAGACACAAAUUAUGCAAACCCCAUCUUUUUUUACAGUCCUCGCCCUCGGAAAAGAUUGUCCUCAGAAAAGACUAAGGCAGAGUCUGCAAAUCUAUUUUAAAUCGGCUUCUGAGAACUCGCCUCCCUUUUCCCCAGUCUUUCCUUGCCUCUGAAGGGCGGGGAUCUUUCGCAUUUGAACUUGCCGCAAUUUGCCCCUUUUCGCCGGAGCCCGGAGAAGUUGGGCGACCAGCUAUUCUGCGGGCUCUUGCACUCCAGCCCCGGAGUAAUGGUGAGGACCCCCACGAAAACCUAGAAGAGGAUCGCGGGCACUGGGCUCAGAACUGAGGAUGAGGAGGCUGGGGCCAAAAGACUGUAAGAAUUAUAUCUUUUAAAGAAGUUUGUUAAAUCGACGCUCUGCCGAGAGAUGGGAUGGGAAAGCCCAGCCGUAGGCUGGAGCUCAGCGUACAGCGGGAAGAGCCGCAGCGCGCCCUAGAGGCAGAAGCCCGGCACUACGUGGCGCGGACGCCGGGGGGCGGUCACCCCGGCGGCUGACUCCUGGGUGUGACUGCCGGGGAACCAGAGACCCACCCCCGCCGCUGGGUUCCGCACAUUGUCCAGGGCCCCUUUGCUGCUGAGGAGGAAUCGUGUGCGCCGCAGGGGUGCUGGGGAGAGUACCUGGGCCUGCUGUCAGGGCCAAUAAGGCGCUCUACGCUUACUGCUGGGGCCUUUGUGAGUGCCCGAAGCGGUGGCCCCCUAGCGACUCCUCUGCUGGUGGAUUUUUCUAAAAUAGAUUUUCGGACUCCCGCUGCUGCUCUGGGAGGCUCUAAUUUCCAUAGGGCAGGGGAAACACACUAGUUCUGACCCCAGCUCAGGGCGUUAUCGGGCGGUCCGGUGCUGAUUAGUUCAGAAUCCAAGCCUCGGACCUUGUCCCUGGAGGAGAGGCAGGAAAGGCUUCUCUGCGAACCGCCCUCGGAAGGGCUGCCCCACUCCCCACGACUUACGCCCUCAGCCUACUCCAGCGUUUGGAAUCCUGUCGGGAAUGGAUCCCUUGGCGGGCUGUGCUUUCCUUGACCUGAGGGCAGGAAGAGGCGCGACGCGAGAGGCGCUGAGCGCGCGGUAGCCUUCCCCGGCUGGGCGCCUGAGGGCCUCCCGCCGCCUCCAGCUGUCCAAUUUCUCUGCCCAGCCGCCUCCUGAGUUAGGCCAAGCCGCAAAGCCACAGGCACCCGAGGCCUGCAGGGACAGCGUGAGGAGUGCAUGCUUGCCUCAGUGGCACCGCCCCCCCCCCGCCCUGUGCCUGCGCCCCUCGCUCAGCCUCGUUCUCCUGAAGGUCCCAGCGGGCUCCCUUCCAGCCCCCAGCCUUCAGGGCACCGAGUCGAGGGGAAGCGGGGGCAGCCUGCGAGGGCUGAAGACCGGAUGGGAGGGUUAGCUACGUGGCCAUGGCCGGGGCGGGCAAGCCUGAGGCAGACCUUUCCACGAGGGGCCCAUCGUGGUUUGGCUUUCCUGAGUGAAGUCGUCGACCGUCGCCGCAGCAAGGCCCAGCCCGCACUUGAGGAGGCCCGGCGAUCAGUCAGUCCCUCGCGGUCUCGUGCUACUGCUCUCACGCGGCCCCGCGUCUUCACGCCGCGCGGAGUCCCGCGAGGUCUCAGGUGGCAGGAGCCCGCCGCCGCCGCCGGCUGGCUCUGCACGUGCUGGGCGCGGUGGGGCUCGGCCGCAGGAUGGCCCGCGACCCUUGCCGAGGUUUGGACGCAGGCUCCACGACAGGGAGCAUUUUCGGCUUCAGUGCUCCUAGGAAAGCGGAUCUCCGGCAGUUCGCCUCACCAGAGAGAAACCGGGUCAAAUCCUAGGCUCCUGCGUCAAAGGACAGUUUGCAAUUCACGGUGCUUUUCUAACGUAGCCUUUGGGUGUCGGUGACUAAGACCUCAGCAGCGGAGGAUAAGACCCAGGAACCUCCCAGGAGGGAGGGCCCUGAGGAUGGUGCCCUUUUGAAGCAUUCCCAAAUCCUUGAAGUCGCGCUGAGGAUCCCCAGGUGAACUUGGCAUGAACACUCCCUUCAAGGAAUUGGGUCGGUAUGUAUGGGGAACAGCGGUGCCUUCCCCUUUCACGGCCAGGUUUUGUUUGUUUCCUAUUAUAAUCUAAUACCAGAUUUGAUCUGCUUUCAGGAAAUUAACCUGUUAGGGAUCGAACUGGAGCAUCGAACCUCAUUUUACAGCUUCUGGCCUUUUGGGACUCUCGAUUCCCUUCUUCAUCCAGGCUGAUGUUAUAUUCUUCCAAUUUUCAUCUCAUUUUAGGGAUUCUGUGAGUCUGCAUACACUUUCACAUACACCUUGACAUACACUAUUCAGACCCUAACUGCCGUCCCUGCACUUGGUCAGAGUGCGUGAUGCCCGGGGAGUGAGGUAGUGUCACAAUUGGGAUCGUGUUUGGACCUGAGCUCACAGCCUCCUUACUCUUGGAUUUCCCUGACGACGUUCUUAGGACAGCUGAAACUCUCAGGCAUGCUUCGCUCACGGACUCUGCGAGGACUGAACCCACCCCACUCCCACCCCACUCCCAUCUGGGGUCCUGCUGCCCUAGCCGUCCAUCUUCCAGAGUCAGGGGUACCUGGCAUUGACGUCCUGGUCUUAGACCUGCACAUUUGUCACUUUAGGAUUGGGUCAAAUCCCCUUACCUGUCGCUUGGGAGUACAAGAAUAGUCUAUUCCCCCACCCUCCACCCCCAUCAGAGUGUCUAAAAAUUCCAGUGAAGCUAACACUUCAGUUUUCUUCCACUCAAUCACCUCCUUUCAGCAUUCACUUUGCACUUUCUCUCUAGAACCUUGAUUUGAGCUUCUAUCCUCAGUCAGAUGAACAGCCACCUCCACCAGACCAUUUGCUUCUCUCUUGAGAUUUUCUGGUUGUGAGGCAAUGAGAACAUAAGGCAGGUUGCCUCCCAGGUAGUGAAGCCUCUCGUCAUCUAUUUUCGGGUUCAGAAAAAAAGGUUUUAUUUUAGUGAGCCAUUGCAAGGGAGCCACUGAAAACGCACACAAACAAAACUGAAUUUUCAUAUUGACCAUUGUCUCGUAUUGUAUAAAAGUUUCACUUCCACUUUGACAAAGAGUUGUUAUUUUAAUAGGACCUUUUCUUAUGGAUAUUUUCAAAAUAUAAAGUGUAUAAUGGUGGGGA